CGUGGCAUCUCCGUUAUUACCUGAGAAAUUUGAUUUGGACGGAGCGUAGCUGUACUGGUCAAAUACAUAAGCCAACGCGACUUGCUUAGCAUCCAAGGAAAUGCUCUUUCUCACCCAACAAUAAAAUCAGUGAUUUCUCUGCAACAACCAUAGCGAGCUAGGCUUUCGUUGGCGAUGGGGCAGCAAUCUCUGAUCUACAGCUUCGUGGCUCGGGGAACCGUGAUUCUUGCAAACUACACGGAGUUCAAAGGCAACUUCACCGGCAUCGCCGAUCAGUGCCUCCAGAAACUGCCUGCCACUAACAACAAGUUCACCUACAACUGCGAUGGCCACACCUUCAACUAUCUCGUCGAUAGUGGCUUCACUUACUGUGUAGUGGCAGCUGAGUCUGUUGGUAGACAGCUGCCUAUUGCGUUCCUUGAGCGAAUCAAGGAGGAAUUUAUUAAGGGGUAUGGUGGAGAUAAAGCUGCAACAGCUACAGCUAAUGGCCUUAACAAGGAGUUUCGGCCAAAAUUGAAGGAGCAGAUGCAAUAUUGUGUGGACCAUCCAGAGGAAAUCAACAAGCUUGCUAAAGUGAAAGCACAGGUUUCAGAAGUUAAAGGAGUCAUGAUGGAAAAUAUAGAUAAGGUUCUUGAUCGUGGAGAGAAAAUUGAGAUUCUAGUAGAUAAAACCGAGGACCUUCACAAUCAGGCACAAGGUUUUAGGCAACAAGGAACGCAGUUGAGAAGGAAGAUGUGGUACAAAAAUAUGAAGAUAAAACUGAUUGUUCUUGCUAUCCUUAUUGCCUUAAUACUCAUCAUAGUAUUGUCCAUCUGCAGCGGCUCCAAAUGCUGAUCGCAUGAGUGCGAUAUAUUCAGAUUUCCCCUACUGGAUUGCUGUUCCUUUGUUCUUUUAUUUCUUUGUUUGAAAGUUCUAUUGAUGCUGGCUUACCAUUCCACUUGUUAUUUUUCCAUCUCUGCUUUAGCUUAUUCAUAUGACAAUGGCUGUAUAGUUUGUAAAUUUUGAACUUUUGGUAAUAGUGAGUUUCAUAAUGUGUGGAAGUUUGUCG